CCAGGCCUUGGAGAAAAUGCUCACGUAUUUCUACUCCAGCACCGAUGACCUCAACGUGGCCACAUUCUUGGAUCCGGCACUGAAGCGAGUGUGGUUUGAGCGGCCUAUGGUGGAGGGGAGCACUAGGGUGGUGGAGGAGUUGGAUGCCGGCGAGGUGGAGCAGUUGAUCUCAUCGGUGCAGGACGAGAUCCAGCAGUACCUGUCACUCCCCUUGGCGGAACUGCACGACUGCCCCUUGCAGUUCUGGAAGGUCCACCAGGAGCUUCCAGCGCUACAGCGCAUGGCUCGGGAUUACCUCGCCAUCCCGGCCACCUCUGCCCCCUGCGAGCGCCUGUUCUCACAGGGCCGCAACCUCAUCCACUGGCAGCGCUACCGCUUGGGUGCGGAGCGAAUCCGUGCUUGCAUGAUGCUGAAGUCAUGGAUUGCCUCUCACCCUGGACAGCGACUUGAUGGCGCGGUAGCAGCCGAAGAUGUCGAGACGGCCGACGAGGCGUGGGAGCUGGGCCUUGAGAUAGGUCCAGGGCUUUGAGGGCUACCUACCGUGCUGCUGGGGGGUUCGGGAACUGAUAGGACAUCACCUUAUUUAUAUUGACAACGUGCUGGACCGAUGAUGACUAUGCUUCAUGCUCGCUUCCUCCCUUUCCCUCCCUCAUCCCCCCCCCCUUUGAACCCCCCUCCCUCCUUUCCCGCACCCUCAUACUUUUCA